AUGCUCAAUUGGACAAUACCUAGUCUGUGUAUUAUUGUAGCUAAUUUGGCUCUUAUAUUUCGUAUCAUUCGACAAAAAUUACGUCUUAAUCGACCAAUUCGAUGGUGUCAACAACGUAAAAUGACUCUUCAACUCGUGCCUAUUUCUUUCCUCUAUGUUUUUUUCACAGCACCAAUUAUUGGAAUUACUUUUGUUCAAUAUGUUGGCAUCGGACAAUCGUAUCUAGUUGGUCAAAUCCAGUUAUAUAUUAUAUUUGCCGCUGAUUUUAUCUUUUUACUUCUACCGUUCGCAUAUUUCAUCUCAUUGUCUGAAGUGUCAGAAAAGCUUUGGAUUCGUUUACGAAGACGGCAACAUCGAGCUGAUACACCAAAGAGUUGUCGAACUUAUCAAGCACCUCUCUUAUAG